UCACUACGCAGCCACCUCGCAGGUUUCCUUCAACCUCUCCUCUUCGUCCCGAUCCGUGCGUGAUGGCGCCGAAGGCGGAGAAGAAGCCGGCGGAGAAGAAGCCAGCGGAGGAGAAGGCGGAAAAGGCCCCCAAGGCGGAGAAGAAGCCCAAGGCCGAGAAGCGGCUGCCGGCGUCCAAGGAGGGCGGCGGGGACAAGAAGGGCAGGAAGAAGGCCAAGAAGAGCGUGGAGACGUACAAGAUCUACAUCUUCAAGGUGCUCAAGCAGGUGCACCCGGACAUCGGCAUCUCUUCCAAGGCCAUGUCCAUCAUGAACUCCUUCAUCAACGACAUUUUCGAGAAGCUCGCACAGGAGGCGGCGCGCCUGGCGAGGUACAACAAGAAGCCCACCAUCACGUCGCGCGAGAUCCAGACCUCGGUCCGCCUCGUCCUCCCCGGAGAGCUAGCCAAGCACGCCGUCUCCGAGGGAACCAAGGCCGUUACCAAGUUCACCUCCUCCUAGAUUGCUAGAUGCCCCAUCUGACAUUCUGCGUGUGUUCUUGUCUCGUUCCCCUUGGGGUCGAGGCUUAAUUGGUAAUGCUGGUUCAUGAACAAUGAAAUUAAUGAUAGUGCUACGUUUUGGUACC